ACUUUUUUGGUGAUCGAUAUUUCCUUUCUGAAAGGAGAAGUUGCGCGAUAUUUUUUCGUAGGUGAUGUGCUUGCUCGAUAUAUAUUUUUUGGAUUUACGCAACCCCCUUCUCACCCAAUUGUGUAGAAAUCUUGACAAACAUGGCGACGAUGACGUGACGUGCAAUAUCGAAUAAUACCAAGACGGAUCAUCAUUUUUGUCAAUUACUAGGGCUUGCCUGACAUUCUGCUAUGCUAUGCAACUGUCAGGUGCAUCAUUUCUCAGACGCGGUCUUGAGAAAGUAAAGGAUAGGUACGUAAAGGACUGAUUUAUUCUAUCCACCAACAAUCGCAUCAUGGACGACCUGAAUACGAAACGAAAUGUAACACUGUGCAUUGGAAGUCAUCAUGACCCUCACAUCAAUGCUGUAGAAACCAAAGUCAAACUACUUGCUAACGAUCUCAAAUUUGUUCUUUUCAAUCCUCUUCGUAACGACCAUUAUAUUGACAUCUCUCUAGAGAAUAACAAACCAUAUAGUUGUGUUAUCACUACAGGAGAUGAGCAAGUUUCUUCGAAUCGUGUACAGAGCGUUUGGUAUCGAUGGAAGCCAGAGAAAUUUUACGACGGAGAUUCUAUGUACGACACACUAACGAAGGACUUUGCUCUUGAGGAGUGGAAAAAUGUGAUUCUCUCGCUUGCUGAGUUUGUUUCAGAAGCUGUGUGGAUAAACCCACUCUUGAAUAUUGAACAAAUCAAAAGCAAAGCCUUUCAGCUACGACUAGCUCAGGAAUGUGGGCUGAAGAUCCCUUUGAGUAAAAUCACCAAUGAUGCUGCUUCGGUUCAAAGCCUUUUCUCUAAGCCUACUUUACGAGUCGUCUCCAAACCUCUAACUCCUCUUCUUAUACCACCAAACAAACGAAUACGUCCAAAAGAAAUAUCUAAAGAGUACGCCAUGGCUUCGUUCUCAAGAAUCUCUGUUUUCCCAGGAAUUUUUCAGGAAAUGAUCCCUAAUGGUAAUAACAUUCGUGUAGUGAUCGUUGGGGAUGUAAUAUUUGCUACAAGGUCUGCCGGCACGAAAAGUGAUUUGGGCAAAGUUGAGCAAGACUCUGAACCGACUACACUACCGAGAAAACCCUGUAAAGUCCCUGAAGUUGUCGAGAAUGGUCUUUUGAGCUUUCAUAGAAGAGCUGGACUUAUUUAUGGGGUUUAUAAUCUUGUAGAAUUAGACGAUAAGUUAUUUUUCCUUGAUUGCGAUCCUUGUGGAGCUUGGCUCUGUCUGGAGAAUGGUCUGGCAAGCGCAGUUUCAGAAGCUGUGGCUAAGACACUUAUUGGGGCGAAAACAAAACGAAACAAAAUGCCUUGCCUCAAAAAAAUUUAAAAUCUUUGAAAAUCUUUACUUUGUCCCAGCUUCUAGCUAGAUUACAAAAUGUUGACAGAGGCAAGCAAACGCCAAGUAAUGGAAGAAAAAUUCUUAGCUUCUCUAAAACAUUUUCUGAGUUCGCUAUUCCGCCGUCUGCUUCAUCAAUUUUCUCUAUAUCUAAUUCAUUAUUAUUCUGCGAAGCCCCAAAAUCGACAAAUUAAACGAUUACAGUGUAAAAAUUCAGAUUAUCUCACGGAUGUAGGUCAGUUAAAAGCUAAGAGACAUACUAGACACUAUGGCAAAUUUUGGGCAUCGCUAUACUGAUCAUAUAUAUUUCCAAUUUUCUAAAUGUUUCGUUGGGGUGGCGAUUACGUUUGGAAUGAAAAGAUGAAAGCGGCUCGUACUUUGAUUAAAAUCGAGUUUAUAUUCCAGUUGAAUGGCACAACAUCACUGGUCAGCCACAAGAACCCCUACGCUUUGAUUAACCAACCAACUGGGAAUGCAAUUUAUGUUGCUCCAAUAGGUUGAUUGUUUUGUUAAUGGAAGCAAAGGUAAAAUACAGCUAAAAUUAGAAUUUCUUAUUCUAAGACGAAUUUAAAAUAAUUUGACUGGUUUAUCUUAUAGCGAGAAGGCUAAAAUAUUGAACAUAAAUACUUAAUGAACGACUUGAAAGUUGAUUGUAUGGUUGCAGUCAGGAUUCAUUGAUCUAUAUUUCAAAUGA